AUGAGUAGAAAGAAGGUGAGACUUCAAUACAUAAUCAAUCAAUCCAGCCGAAGAUCAACCUACAACAAAAGAAAAUCAAGUUUACUGAAGAAGGUUAACGAAAUCAGUAUCCUUUGUGGAAUAGAAGCAUGUGUCGUAGUUUAUGGUGAAAACAAUGCUGAACCAGAGGUUUGGCCACCUGGUCCAGGAACACAAAAUGUGUUACACAAAUUUCGUGGUUUAUCUGAACUCGAAAGAAACAAAAGGGCGGAGGAUUUGGAGGGUUACUUGAAGAAAAGCAUAGAGAAAUCCCAGGAGCAGUUGAGAAAACAAAUUUCGGAGAAUAAGAAAAAGAGAUUUACCAAUUUCAUUGAUAAAGCCCUUAUUAAUCAGCAUAACAAUGUCGAUCUUGUGAGCAUGAAUGAACUCAAUGAUAUGAAGGAUGAACUCAAUGAUCUGACGAAAUUUAUUGAUAGCAAUAUCAAUGAAGUCGAAAAAAUGUUGAAUUCGAUGAAUGUUGAAGUAGAAGAGCAUGUUGGUAAUGGAAUUGAAGCUAUGAUUGGAAUUGAGCAGCAGGGUAAUAGUGGAAAUGCAAUUAAUGAAGGAGAUAUGCAUGCUGAUGUCCAUGGUUUGAAUAUCCAAAAUAAUUAUCAAUAUGUUCCUUGGGACAAUCCCAUGUUAUCAUAUCAUGAUUAUAAUAUGGAUACAGAUGGUCUUUGA